GUAAACGUAGAGCAUGAACCUGCAGGUCAGAUAAACAAAAAUAUUUGCAGCAAGCAAAAAGGCUAACAGUUUGAUGCAUUUGUCAGUCGGGAACAAUGUAAUAUAUAAAUCAGAUAGUUUCAUCCUCAAGCCAUAAACAUGGAUGGAUGUGAGAAAAAUAAGUUUAAAGUAUGAGAGUACAAUAAUCUGGCUGCUUACUUCCCACAUAUACCAAAUAUGCACCACCACUGUGUGUAUGUAAAGUAACUACAUAUAUGUUUCAGUUAGACUAAACAAGACUGUUAUUUAAUAGUUUGAUGUAAAUCAUUUAUGUUGCUUUAAUAAAACUGAUAUUUUAACAUUUUAAACACAAUUUGACACAUGAAACGUGAUGUAAGGGCAUGUGUUGCAAUUGCACAGUCAUCCUUCAGAGGGCGCUGUCUCGACGGUCUCCGGGUCUGCAGCCGCUGGACAAACGUCGUGCUGAAAACUGAACCAUAAAAAAACUAAAGUUAGACUGCGUCCACGCAUUCAUGCUGCCUUCGUCUGGGUGUAGGGCGGAUGGAGUGUGAGCUAACUGUCGGGGGUUGAGAGGAAACAACUGAGAAGACAUGUUGGUGUUGGUCGCGCUGAAUUGUGGGCAUUCUCGUUGUGCCGCCCUCUCUGGUCCUCCCAAACUUCUCAGAGCUCCAUCAAGGUGACUCCCUAAACCUCUGGUGGAGCUCCACGUGAAGCUGCUCAGGAAGCUGGGGAGAUCCGUGACCACUGACCGCUGGGAGAAGUACCUGGCCAAGGUUUGCCAGGAGCUGAACAGUACGUGGGCCUGGGAGCUGGAACAGAAGGGCUACCAGGAGAUGUCGAUGGAGUGCAAGUCCAGCAUCCUAAAAUACCUGUGUGAGUGCCAGUUUGAUGAGAACUUGAAGUUUAAGACGUUUGUGAACGACGAGGACCCAGAGAAGAUGCGUCUGCAGCCAGUUGGUCGGGACCGGCAGGGCCUGAUGUACUGGCUCCAACUGGACCAUGAGCAGAACAUCCGACUGUUCACGGAGGAGCAGGAUGAUCUGGACGGAUCCACCUGGAAAUGCAUCGUCAGGACCCGGAAUGACCUGGCCGAGGCUGUGGAGCUGCUGAGGGCUCAGGUUGGCCCAAACCAGAGUCGGAAUCAGAACCAGGCAGGAUCCAGGAGUAACAGCCCUGCAGCCAAGGACACGGCUGCAGGUGAAGGAGAGUCUGGACUCUGCUGCUCCAAACCGCCCCAGACCUCAGAAGAACGAAGCCACACGGAGGAGGAACGGCUUAAAGAAGACGUGAAGCGGGACGACGCGACGCCCAUCAAACUGGAAGACAUGGAGGUGAAGGAGAAGACGGAGCUCAGACCCGCCGCCUUCGAUAACCGUGUUAGCACCAUCACCGCCAUCAAACAGGAGCUCAAGGACGAGGCCCAGAACGCCGUGCCCGUUGUCAUGGCGCCCAGCGUGGUUCUGACAAAAGUCAACCUGGUAGAAGAAGCAGAGCGAGCCGUUGUCAGGAGCAACCAGCAGGCCAAGAUACCACUGAAGAAGAGGGAUCUGAAGCUUGCCGAUAGCUUCCAUAGCAACCACCUUAGCAACAGCAGCAGCAUCAUCGUCUGUAACCCCGCCGUGAUCCACAGUCAAGACGGACGUGAAAAAGCACCUCCAGGAAGUCCAGCGUCCUCGCAGCAGCAGCUGCUCGUCUCCGCGCAGAGGCAGGAACUGACCAAUGGCAGAGCUUCUCAUCUGCCUCUGAAGGAGGGACAAAACGGUGUCGUAGGGGUGAAAGGUCAGGCUGGAGCUGUCAGCCACGUCGGAGUCAUCCGCGGCCCGUCUGAGUACCACCGAGCCACUGGUGCUGAGCAGCAGGAACAAAACGGGCCGAGCCCAGAACUCCACAGGACCAGGGUGGUGGAGGAGGACAAGGAGCUGACCCGGAAGUCCGUGCUGGUGAGGAAGGGACCUCCUGAAGGGGGGGCGACACCAGCACCUCCCUUUCUUCCUCCUCAUGCAGGGAUGGGGGAUGAGAAGCUCCUAAAGCAGUCAUCCUGUCAACCCGACGGAGCUCCUGAAGCCUCAGAAAGGAGCGCGGAUUCUGUUGGGAUCACCUCUCCGUCUGCAACGCCACAACCAAGGAGACGGCAGGAGGAGAACCGGGACAAAGCGGCUACGAAGGAGUCGGAGGAGACGAGGGAUGCAGGAAGUCCUCAGCAGAAGGAUGAGGAUCCGAGGGUGACGGGAGAAAAAGUGGUGGAAUCAAGCAGCUCGGUUUCAUCUGUGAAACGGGGAGGGGGGCUGAACGGUCGAGUUAGCACCAAGAACCUCCAGUUUGGAUCAGAACCUAAACAGAACCCUCUGGAGGAGGUGUCUUCAGAGCUCCAGAAGGAGGGAAUCCGCUUAAAGAUCAAGAUUCCUCCUCACAGGAGAAACAAGUUAAGGAGAAAGGGAGGAAAGGCGCGAGAGCCAGAGGAGCAGGAGGAAGGGAGGUCUCUGAGGAGAUCCGUGAGGAUCUGCAGAUCCUCUGCUUUGCCAAGCUGCCGGCUGAGCGCAAAGGUGGCCGAGAGCCAGAGGAAGAAACUGCAGACAAAACCGGCUCUUCCCGUCCGAACCAGGGAGGUAGAGGAGGAGGACGAAGGUGAUGAAGAGGAGCCACGCAGAACCUGUGGACCUGCUGGGAAACUCAGGAAACGAAGGGGGAAACGGAGACACGGCCGACCGCGGUGGACCGUCGUCCGCUCAAAGAGACGCAGACCUGACGAAGACCUGCAGGACAGCGGCAGGACGGCAGGAGAGGAGGAGGAGGAGGAGGAGGAGGAGGGAGGCAGCCAUUCAGAGGAAGAGUUGUAUAAAUCAGAGGAGGUUCCCCGAGAAGACGCCUGCACUCACUGUGGCCUCCCCAACCACCCAGAACUGAUCCUGCUGUGUGACUCGUGUGAUGGCGGAUACCACACCGCCUGUCUGAGGCCACCGCUCAUGCUGAUCCCGGAUGGAGAGUGGUUCUGUCCGCCGUGUCAGCACAAGAUGCUGUGUGAGAAGCUGGAGGAGCAGCUGCAGAACCUGGACAGCGCUCUGAAGAAGAGAGAGAGAGCAGAGCGGAGGAGGGAACGUCUGGUGUACGUAGGAAUCAGUGUGGAGAACAUCAUUCCAGAGGGAGACGAGGAGGAAGAGGAGGAGAAAACGGAAAAACAAAAAGAUUCUAAGAAAAGCAAAAACUUGGGGAGGAGAUCCACCAGAACCAGGAAGCACAUCAGCUACAGGUUUGAUGACUUUGAUGAUGCCAUCGAUGAAGCUAUCGAGGAGGACAUCAGAGACCUGUGUGGAGCAGGAGCAGGAAGAGGAAAUGACAUCACCGCUGUCCUUCCAGAGGACGGGAAGCAGAGCCAGCAGCCCGUCAGGAACCAGAGCCGAUCAGCCAGGAGCAGGAAGAGACGCCGCCUGAACGACUUAGAGAGCGACAGCACAGCGGUGGAGAGCGAAGACGAGUUCAUGCUCAGCAACAGCUCCGAGGAUGAGGAGUUUGGAGCAUCAGGAGCCGAAGAUGAUGGGGAGGAGGAGGGAGAUGAAGAAGCAGGCAGCGAGGUGGGCAGCUGGGACCGAGGGACCCGCCCCAAACGGGGGCCGAAGAAUAAACCCAAGAGGACCCGCCACAGGGGCAGGAAGUGGCAACAGAGACGCUCCUCGGAGGACGAGGACAGCGAUGUAGAGCUGGGUGAGAGGACGUCCUCAUCAGGAAUGCUAACGAAAACGUCCCUCCAAGACUCCGAUCGGUACAGUGACAUGAGCGACAGCGACGCAGAAAGGAAAAGGCGGGGCCUGAGGCGGGGCCAGCGCCAGCAGGUCAACUAUCGCGAAACCUCGGAGUCUUCGGACAACUCCAGAGCCUCCUCCGUGCGGGAGAAGGUGAAACGGCGAGGAAGACCGCGUAAGGAGCACCUCUCCAGCGAUUAUAGCGACGUGUCGCCUUCCUCCAGAGACUCCGAGGGCGACGAGGAGGAGGAAGAUGACCAGAAAAGGAGAGUAAGCCAGAGAAGAAGAGAGGAUGGAGACGAAAGCCGGAAAAGACACCGGGACCAGAUGGAUGUGGGAGAAAAAGGGAGGAGACUGAAGAGGAGGCAGCUGGAGAAGGAGGAGGACAAAGAUCAGCGGAAGAGACUCAUGAGGACGGACAGGAAGGAGGAAGACCCAGACAAGAUGGGCAGAGGGAAGAGGAGGGAGCGGCUGUCACAGCAGCGGCGCAAACGACUUGCUCAGAUGCUGAAGAAACGGCGGCCUUCCACAGACGAGGAGGAGGAGGAGGAAGAAUCUGAGGAGGAUUCUUCCUCUUCAGAUGAUCGUCCAAUUCGGAAAAGACUCAACCGCAUCGACUCUGAUGAUGAAGAGGAGGAAGAACCUAAGAUGAUGAAUAAGAAGUCCUCAGUAGGUGAGAGGUGGGCAGAAAACACUAACAGUGAUGCUCAGGAAAGGGGGCGGGGCCAAAAUCUGUCCCCAUCAAAUGGACAUCAGACCUCCAGAGGUCAAGAGAAGUCCGGGACUGGAAGUCCGGCUGUGCUGAGGGACAGAGCCGGCUCAGGCAGGAAGGAGAGGCACAACAGGCCCCUGGAUCUGGCGGAGGGGGGGCACUCAGACUCAGUGCAGAACGGUCCGCGGUCAUGAUGGCCGCCGUCGCCUGCUCCCCUCACACCCACCUGACCAGACCGUCAUCCCGAAGCACUUCAUCACUCUGGUAGCACUUCCAUCUUCUCCUGGCAGGAAGUGGGCAUGGAAGCGGACUUCCUCAGAUUCAUUCCUGCAGCGUUCUCCACGAUGGUGGAAACCAGCAUCUCUAGAGGUUUUUAUGGCUUUAGAGGGUUGUGAUGAGUCACAUCCUGGUACUUUGUUGGCUGAACCAUGAAAACAACAGAUCUACUGAUAGAGGAGCAGUCAGAGGUUCUGAUUGGCUGUAGAAGCUCCAGCUGUUCCUGUCACAUUCUGUGUGUUCUUGUAAAAUAUAAUCUUCUAUUUUCUAAUGAGGGGAGGAGCGAUGCUGCUGCGGCGCCGCGGCCAUCAGCUGCUUGCUGCUUGGUUUGGACUCUUCCCGUGAAACGUUUCAUCUGUUCCAGCGGUUGGGUUUCGGAGACGAUCGGAUGGAAAACCGCUCUGGUUAGCUGGAAUAAUGUGUGUGUGUGUGUGUGUGUGGAGCGUACACACAGCUGAACUCAGCCAUAAUAAAGGCUUUGACCCCCCCCCCCCGAUCCAGAUCGAGGAAUUUUUAUCUUGAAAGCAAAUCGAUCCUAUUUUUAUUCUAAAAUGAACAAAAAGUUCCGUUUUUCUUUCCACCUAAAGUGGGAGUGAUUCGUUUCCAUGGCAACAAUAAACAAGUGUUCUUCAGAGCGGCUCCCGUCAGAUCCACGUCUACUACAGGAACGUCUCCGUCGUACAAACCAGUCAGCUCACUGGUUCUGGACUGGUUCCUGUUGUGUUGUUACUGUAGUUCUGCUGUAACAAAUGUUUUCUAACUUAUUAAAACAUCAAACAUCUCCUCAGAA